AUGGUUACGCUUGCGGGGCUGGUGGGGGCUGCGAUAAGCGCGUGGCUCAUCAGCGAAGGGAUGCUGUGGAUCGGCGGCGUGGUGAUGCUGUUCGCCGGCAUAUUGGACCUGUUCGAUGGCGCGCUGGCGAGAAGCACCGGGCGGGAUUCGCCGUUUGGCGCGCUGCUGGACUCGGUCGUCGAUCGCGUGUCGGAAAUCGUCGUGCUGCUGGGGCUGCUGAUUUACUACGCGCGCGGCGACUCACUGGAGGGCACGGUGCUGGUGUACCUUGCUGUCGACUGCAAAGUAGGCAUAAUGACGCGGCCGGAGCGGGUGGCGGCGCUGGGGAUUGGCUUGAUUGUGGGGCACUGGGUGCCAGUGGUGAUCCUCAUUGUGCUGGGCGUGAUUGCGGGGCUUACGACUCUGACGACGGUGCAGCGACUGAUUCAUACGGGGCGGGAGUUGGGCGAAGGCUAA